AUGUGCAUCAGGUGGGAACACGUGUCAGUGAAAUAUGCGGAGACUUCGGGAGACUUUUUUUCAGAUCGGGGAUCUGAGUUCAUGUCACUUGUUGUGGUACAGAGAUACGGAUGGCUAACAAGUCAAGAUGCACCCUCAAAUUAUCACAAACGGCGUGUCACUUAUUGCCCUUGGUUGUACAGUAACAGGCUUUACAUCCUUCAAGCUAUAGUAGUCAUCUGGCGUCACAGUCAACGAGAUGAGUGGCACAGAAGAACAAAGCCGAAUCUCAUAGCGUUGAUGUAA